UUUAUUGGGGGCAACGCGCUGACUCAUGCGCUCUAUGCUCAAUCUAAUUGGGAAGUAAAAACAAAGACAGCAUUCGCGAAAACCAAUGAUAUAUCUACAAAAGAAGAAGAAAAAAAGCAGAAAGUUAAAACCAAAACCAAAACCAGCACCUGCAGUUAAUAUGGAGAAAUUAGCAGAAGUGAUUCUGAUCCCAUCUCCGGCAAUGGGCCAUAUUGCUCAGAUGCUAGAGUUAGCAAAACUCUUUUUCCAUCAAAAUCAUCAUCUCACAAUCACUGUCCUUAUUAUGAAACUCCCUGAUUACAUUGACGCCGUCAGUGGACCUUUCGUUGACUCUGUAGCUGCUUCAUCCUCCUCUGAUCGCCUUCGAUUUGUUCACUUACCAGCAGCUGAUCCAACACCAGAGUGGGGUUCCAAAACUCGAGGACAUUUCGUCUACAGAUUAGUACAAAGCCAAAGAUCUCACAUCAAGGAUUUCUUAAUAUCUCAACGCUCUAGUAAAACACUCGCUGGUUUUGUUGUUGACAUGUUAUGCACUCCGUUUAUGGAUGUAGCUGACGAGUUUAAGAUCCCCAGCUACGUGUUUUUCACUUCCCCAGCUGCUUUUCUUGGACUAAUGCUUCAUUUCCAGUUUCUUGAAGAUGAGUGUCAACAAGAUGUUUCUUUGUUCAAGAACACUGAUAGUAGUAAUCUCUUAUCAUUUCCCAGUUACGCGUACCCUGUUCCUCCUAGUGUAUUGCCAAUGGUCCUAGUCGAUAGAGACACAUGGCUAGGGAGAUUCCUCGAUUUCGCUCGUGGAUAUAGAAAAGCCAAAGGCAUUAUUAUCAACACUUUUGCUGAAUUAGAAAUCCAUCAAUUAGAUGCUUAUAAGAAAAACAACUGUAACAUGUCAAGAUCUAAACAGGAUCAGGUUCCACUACCACCUAUUUAUCCAAUUGGUCCAAUUUUGAACCAGUCAAAAUCCAAGUCAGAGUCAGAGGAGGCAGAAAUAACAAAUUGGCUUGAUCAACAGCCAACAAAAUCAGUUGUGCUAAUAUGUUUUGGGAGCCAAGGGAGUUUACCACUGGACCAAGUGAAACAGAUCGCUUUAGCUUUGGACAACUGUGGCUGCAGAUUCUUGUGGUCUUUACGUCAACCCCCACAAAGCAAUAAUGCGCAAUUCCCCGGAGAAUACACGAGCUAUUCCGAAAUCUUACCAGAAGGAUUUCUUGAUCGGACAGAGAUAAAAGGGAAAGUAGUAGGAUGGGUCCCGCAACUGAAGGUUUUGUCCCACGAGGCAAUCGGGGGAUUCGUGUCACAUUGUGGUUGGAAUUCAAUACUCGAAAGUAUAUGGUGUGGGGUGCCUAUAGCAACAUGGCCAUUGCAUUCGGAACAGCAAGUGAAUGCGUUUCAGUUAGUGAAAGAAGUAGGAGUUGCAGUGGAUAUCACUUUGGAUUACUGCGAAAGGAAUAAAGAUCAGCCAAUGGUAACUGCAGACGCCAUAGAAAAACGGAUUAAAGAAUUGAUGGAAAUUAAUACAGCAGUAAGAGAAAAGGCAAAGGAGAUGAAGGAGAAGAGCAGGGCUAGCGUAAUCGAAGGUGGAUCGUCAUACUUGUCCCUCGGCAAACUCAUAGAUGAACUACUGAAAAAUGCAGCUUUGUAACUUCCAAAAUUACCAAAAAUGAGGUAAAGUUUCAGUAAGAAAGACCUUUCAGUUAGUAAUAAAAUUGGAUUUCCCACUAAGAGUUGAAAUAAAUUAUCUUCUACUCAGUUUAUAGAUCCUUGUAUUUAUCACUAUUUAAUCAUAUUAUCUUGUUAUAUUCUCUUUUAAUUUUUGAAGAAUAUUGAGAGGUUAGAAUUAA